AAUUAAAAAAACGGAGUAAGUCAUUUUAAAAAAAAUUAAAAAGAAAUCAAAAUGAAAAUGCGAAGCCACAGAGGAAGAGUAGAAACGAGGAUCAUUGUGUUAUUGUUAGUUACAGUACUAUCCAUGGCGACGGACUGUCCUUCUUUCGAGCUCGCCAAAGGCAUCAACGGCCUCGAUAAAAUCGUCCUCCGCGAGUGUCGCAGCCGCUCCGCCGAGGUAUACUUGUAUGGUGGUCAUGUGACUUCCUGGAAGAAUGAGAACGGAGAAGAGUUACUUUACCUCAGUAGCAAGGCUAUAUUCAAGCCUCCAAAACCCAUCCGUGGAGGCAUUCCACUGUGCUUCCCUCAAUUCAGUAACUAUGGUCCAGUCAAAUCUCACGGAUUCGCUAGAAACAGGAUCUGGGAACUUGAUGCUAACCCACCUCCCCUGCCUUCAAAUUCUUCCUCUAUUGCUUUUGUUGACCUGAUCCUAAGGCCAACUGAAGACGAUCUCAAGAUGUGGCCUAACAAUUUUGAGUUCCGGAUGAGGGUAGCUUUGGGAUCCGAAGGAGAACUGACGCUGACAUCUCGUGUCAGGAACACUAACUCUGAUGGAAAGCGUUUUUCAUUCACAUUUGCUUAUCAUACCUAUUUCUCUGUCUCCGACAUUAGUGAAGUACGGGUUGAAGGACUGGAGACGCUGGAUUAUCUUGACAAAUUAAGGAACAGAGAACGUUUCACCGAGCAAGGCGAUGCUAUUACUUUCGAAUCUGAAAUUGACAGGAUUUACCUAAGCACUCCGACAAAGAUUGAUAUAGUGGACCACGAGAAGAAAAGGACUUUCGUUGUACGCAAGGAAGGGCUUGCCGAUGCUGUGGUGUGGAAUCCAUGGGAUAAGAAGUCAAAGAAGAAGAUAUCAGACAUGGGAGAUGAAGACUAUAAGCAUAUGCUGUGUGUUGAAGCUGCAGCUAUAGAAAGACCGAUCACAUUGAAACCGGGUGAAGAAUGGAAAGGAAGACUCGAGCUCUCUGCGGUUCCUUCAUGUUGAUCUGUAUAGUUUCAUGGAUUUACAUUUUUUUUUUUUAAUUAUCACCAUGACAAUAAAUAAAAACUUUUAGUAUCAUGUCUGAUCA